UUUGAGGCCGAUCUAGGACACUUCAUCGGCAUUCCAAAAGCAUAUUUUGAUGCCGUUAGGCAGAGGGAUCCCAUCGAUUCGAAAGACUUUACUGAAAGCAUCAUCUUCAAAAGCUCAGUGGAGAUGUUCGAACAAUUAAGGACGCCACAUAUGAAACCCACCAACCCACCGAUAUCUCUCAAAUCGUGUGAAGUGCGCGUCCAUGAGCGAUCCUUUGAUGAAGCUUGGUGCUCUAUCAGAAGGACGGUGAUUACCCCCUCGGUGGCUGAACGAAAUCCGCGAUGUAUCGAAUUCUUCAUGCCACUCAGCAAGUACUUCUUAAGUGGUCUGAUACCUGUCAAGAACGGUCAGACAAAACGGAUGGCAAUUACAAUACCCUCCAUUCAUAUGUCUAUGAUGUAUGAUGGAAACGCACCGAAUAUUGAGGCUGGCCUGCAUUUCCGCACCCAACAAAAUGCGGCAGAAUUUGAGAAGGCUGUCAUUGAGUUGAACUGUCGGUCGGAUUUUGCUUGGUCAGAGCCGAGCUAUUCAGGUCGAAUGUAUGAUGUUGUCGAUACCGGAACGGAACAUAAACAGUACAAGGCAAUUGUCCUCUGUCAUGAGCGAUCAUCUCGGCGAUACUCAGAUAUCUACUAUCUCUAUCGCGACGCCGACUUUACCUACGAUCACCGUUCUCUCGACGUUCAUUUUCCCCAGAUAUCCUUCACAGACUACAUUUCCACCCACGUGGACCAACUCUACAGAGCCCAUGCUCCGGUCGGAUUCUCGCACUGCGACAAAAAGACUAGGCUCGACAGUCAUAGAAUUCAACAACGAUUCAGCAUCACGAUCAUUCAUCAGUGCAUUAUCCCCUCACAUCUUUCUCUUCGGCAGGUCGGAAAAUCAGGCAAAGGCGCUGCAGACCUCCAGCUUGGUGCCGAGGGGAUCGAUACCAGCUCGCUGCACGCUGGGGUGAUUCCAUGUCAGAAAGGUGAUUAA